UUAUCUAAUGCGACCUUGGCAAUCAGCAGUUUUGCUGUUGCAGUCAGCUGGCUUCUAGAGUCAGUGCAUGUCGGUUUCUCUCUUAUGAUGUACGUCGCAGUCUAGUUUCGUACUAAAUAAACAUUAUUAUAAAGUUGAUGGUUCGUAAUUCUCAUCGGUUUUAUUUAUUUAUUUAAGGCAAUUCUCAAUUAAAUAUGUAUAAGUAGAAGAUUUGGAUAUAAUCUUUAAAAAUUCCCAUGACUGGGCCAUGUUGAAGUAAUUCUUUCUUCAUAGUCAUCGGCACAGACAAAAUCAAUUAUGAUCAGUUUUAAGGGAAUGAACGUACUGUUGCCUACAGUUACUAGUAUGAUGGCCAUUUCUAUUUCUUCUUCAGCCAUCCCAAACCUUUUGGAGCAGAAAGCUUGCAGUCCUUGGAUCCAACCACCUGUCAAUGAAUUUAUCUGCAAUGAUACAGUGAUUUUAGCUGAAAUUUCGGAGAUUGCUACGACAAAGAAUGUUCUGAAGUCCAUUGUCUCAGCUAUUUCGACGGCAGCCUUUGGCUACUGGCGGGAUGCUACAGGACUCACUCGACCUCUGCUACUGAUUGCACCAUUGGCAGAAAUUCUGUCGACCACAGCUUACUUCCUGGCAGCCGCCGAUUGGCGGAGUUCACCAUGGAUAGCACCUAUGAUGGAGGCUGUGAUAUCUGGUUUGUUUGGGGAAGGGAUUUUCUUUCUGGGUACCAAUUGUAUCCUGAUUGCAAAUACCAGUGUGGAACACAGGACGAUGAGCCUUCAGAUUUAUAUGACUACAAUGUUAUUGGCUGCAUUGGUAUCAUCAACAGCGAGUGGGUACUUCUUGACUUCCGUAGGAUAUCGUUGGGUUUUCGCAACUGGUAUAAUGCUACAUUUUUUGACACUUCUCCUCUGCCUAAUCUUUGUUGAUGAUAUGAAAAUACAGAGAGAGCAAGUCGUGAGGAGGAGUACCCUUGACCAGCUGCGGGAACUAUUCAAGCUGAGAUCUAACAUCGCUGUGGUUUGGAUGAUGUUGCUCUGUGGCUCUGUUGCUUCCUCAUUAUUCUCAGCUGAAAGUACUCUGGCAACAUAUUACCUUCAGCAGAGAUUUCAUUUCACAGUAAAAGAAGCAUCACUUUAUGGCUCAUAUCAUUUUGCAGUGGCACUAUUUGGUUCAUUUAUUAUGGCUGUUUUGAUUAUACAAGUUCUUAAAUGGUCUGAUUUAACAUUUGGAAUUUUAGCUUCAUUUUUUUCUUCCUUAUCCUCGUUGUCAACAGGUCUAGCAAACUCAACAAUUUUAUUAAUCUUAAGUGCUCCAUUAGCUGUCAUGAGGUUAAAUCUGUAUUCAAUUCCUUCAUCUGUACUCAGCAAAUGUGUAAAAAAUGAUGAAUUAGGAAUAUUCCUUGGAACAGGUUCUAUCUUAGGGAUAUGCGUUAUGUCUUUCUUGAAUUUUUUGUACAACUAUGUAUUUUCGUUAACAUCCAAAACAAUGCCAGGUGCAUUCUAUUUUGUCAGUGCUGGUGGUAAUGCAUUUAUUAUGAUACUGUUCAGUAUCAGCUACAGCUUAUAUAAACCUCCUGAGCAUUCUGACUGUCCUGAUAGUGGUGAAGGAGUUGGUAGCACUGAAGAUGAACAGAAUUUCGUAAUUGCAGAAAACACCUAAAUUAAUAUUUUAUUAUCUUUUAACCAAAAGUGCUAACUGUGCCUUGCAUCUGAGAAUUUUUGAAAAAAGUAUAUUACUAAGACUGUGAUAUAGUUUAUUGUUCUCCACAAUACUGAUUAUCAAAACCUGCAGCUUUGUAACAUAGGCUGUACCUUAUGAAUUUCUUUUAAAAACAAAUACUAUUAAAAGAAACAAAGUAUCUUUUGAAGAAGACUGUAGUAAGAUAUUAUGUAACCAUUUAAGAAACCUGAACUGAAAAUUUAAAUAAUGGAUCAAUUGAGAAUUUCUCAAGUACUUCCUUGAAGAAUUAAUUUCUUACAGAGUUCUGUGAUAUAUUUUUACAGCAUUUAAAAAAAAAAAAAAAGAAAAUUAAAAAAUGAGAGAAUCAUUUUAAUUUCUUCUAAUAAUUGUCAUCAUUUUUGAUAAAUAGAAAGCCAGUACUCUAGGAAGAAGUUCAAGAAUUGAACUCAAGCUCAAGCUAUCUUCAGUUUGUUGGACAGAUUAAAGGUACGCCUACACUCCUGAAUUUCUUAUUAACUUCCUCAAGAAGCAUUCACUUUGUUCUUGUAAUGAUUGAACUUUUUAACUUUAUUGUUCUUGGUUAUGAUUGAACCAAACUUUUUAAAAAUUGUUCUUUUUAAUAAUCAGAGCAGUAGCUCUCAAUAAAGACCAGCAAGACAAUAAAGAAUCAAUCAAUCUCAUUUCCAUGAAUUACUGCUUGCAAAAAUUGGCUCCUUUGUGGCUCAGAUCACUCAGUCCAAUAGUCAUUAAGUUUAUUGAGCAGCCAAUAUUAUUUCCAUAGUGUCUUUUCACCAAUUCAUUCAUAAAUGGAAUAUCCGUUUCUUCCAACUGGAUGAAUCAGAAUUAUCUUUGCUUGUUGCCUUUAUUGAUAGUUUUUAUAUCAAUUUUGUAAAGAAAGUGGACAAAAAUAUAACAAAAUUGAGAUAUCUGCACAAAGUCAUUUUUGGAUUUACUGUCUCUCAUUGGCAGUGAUAUUGUUUUUUUUUUUUAUUUAGUUAUACAUGUUUCUUUUGUGGAUAAGUUUAUGCUUAUAGCAGAUUAGCAAGCCUUGAAUUAGCAUGUUUAUUUUCUUCAUAGUUCUUUUAUAAUUUGUAAUGUUAUGUAUAAGGUGACCAGACAUCCCAAUUUUUAAGAAUUUGUUCUGUAUCCCGCUGCUGUUUAAAACAGUCCCAAUUUUGGGAAGAAUGUAUGAGAAGCUGGGAAACAUUGUAACAACUAGGGAUGUGACAGUACUGGUGGAGCUGUGACGUGUCGCAGAGUCUCGGUUUGGAACGGUGACAAAUGUUUUCUUAUCCAUUCCCUUACUUAAUUUAUGAAUAUAUUAUGAGAAGGAGUUGAUUAGGGGAUGGGGUCAAAUAAAUACUAAAUUAUAGAAAUAUUAAGGCAUAAUAAUUAAAUAAUUAAUUAAAUAAUACUAUUUCUAUGAUUUAGCAUUUAUUUGACUGCACCCCCCCCCCCCAACCACUCCUCCUGAUCAACUCCUUCUCAUAUUAUAUUACGGUCAACCAUGUCUACAUCAUUAUGAAUAUAUUAAAAUAUUAUAUAUUAUAUUUAUCAACCAAUAGUCUUCUUGUCCAUUAAUUAAUAUUAUUUAUAGCAAAAACAUAUUUCAUUAUUAAUAAUAAUAAUAAUAAAAGGCUUAGCGAACCCGAAGGUUCGAUGCUGACACCACCAAUACCUCCCUCCACCGUUCGCUGUCCAAACCCAGUCCCUUCAGAUCGGCUUUAAUACAAUCUUCCCACCUUCACUUCGGUCUACCCCUCGGACGCUUACCAUUCGGCACAGCAAAUAUUACCCUUUUAGGAAUUCUCUCGUUACUAAGCCCAGCAACUUUACAAGCCCAUUUGAUUCGCCGCGAUGAAAUUAUCUCAAUUAUAUUACCCGGAUACAGCUCACGCAAUUUGGCGUUGUGUAACCGUCUGAACUCUCAGGUUAACUCAUCCUUCUUCGGUCCGAAUAUUCUACGCAAUACUUUAUUUUCAAAAACCUUAAGACGCUGCUCAUCCCUUAGUGCAAGCCGCCAGGUUUCGCAUCCAUAAAGAACUGUAGGCAAGAUAAUUGUUUUAUAGAUUCUAAUUUUUAAGUUCCGGGACAAGAGGCGCGAACUAAGUAGUUUUGUCACAGAAAAAUAACAAGCAUUUCCGGCCUUCAGUCUAACCUUAAUCUCUUCUUCAAUUUCGUUUUUUCUAGUUAUCGUAGAACCUAGAUAACUAAAUUUCUCUACCUGUUCGAACAUAUUACCAUCUAUAUCGAUAUCACCAAUAGUAUCGCCAUUUUUGCAGCUAACCAUAUAUUUUGUUUUAUCCACGUUUAUUUUGAGUCCUAGUUCUUUACCGGCUUUCAUUAACGUUGUCGUAUUUAGUUUUAUAGUUUCAACGUCUUCGCUUAACAAUACCAGAUCAUCAGCAUAGCCCAGCACGGAUGUUGUCCCGCCCAGAUCCAACCCUUUCUCAGUUCGCAUUACCUCCCUAAUGGCAUGUUCUAAUGCUAAAUUGAACAGGACAGGUGAAAGAGAAUCCCCCUGUUUUAAACCCGAACGAACCUCAAAUUUUUCGGACAAAUUAUUACCGAUUCUAACUUUAUUGAAAUAAUAUAAAAAUAUAUUUCAUUACUUUAACUAAUUAAUCCCUUUAUGAAAUCUGAAAAUUGUGCUCUUGUUGUAACUACUCGAUAUAUAAUUUUUUUUUCUCUCUUAUAGACCAAAUUGAAUUUCCUUACCCCCUUCUUUUCCGUCAAUGGUGUCCUGCUUUAUCAAUGUUAAAAUCUGGUCUCCUUUGUUAUGUAGUGAUUUUUUAUUUACUAUUAAUAAUUAGAAUAACCUUUGUUAUGUAGUGAUUUUUUAUUUACUAUUAUUAAUUAGAAUAACCCUUGUUAUGUAGUGAUUUUUUAUUUACUAUUAUUAAUUAGUAUAACCAAGCAUUUGUUUGUGUUAGUUGAUAUCUCCUAUACUCUUCUGAAGAAAAGUACUUUAUUCUUACUGACUGCUAAGAUAUGUUUUAAUAAUUCUUUGAACCAUUUGAUAACAAUCUAAUUAAAAGAAAUAUUAACCAGUUUUAUUUUCCAUAUCGAUAGAUAUGGAUUAUCCCUUGAAAAUUUAUGAGACUCAAUAGUAACUAGUUCAUUUAGGGAGUUAUUUGUACAAAGUCAUUGAGUAUUAUAAUUAAUAAAAAUAUAUUGAAAAUUAUUUGAAGAGAUUAUGCAUGUCAAAUGGUUCAUUUAUAUUUUUUUAUGUGUGAUCGCGUCCAGUUAGUAAAUCACGUGCUCCCUGGAUAUCUCCAAGAAGAGAGAACAAAACGAUCACUGCUUUAACUAUUACAGUCCCAAGCUGCUGAAGAAGACUCACGACAUAAAAAUUGGAAGUCAACAGAUGCAGGAAAAAAUAAUUGAACCAUUUGAUAUUAUUUGACAUGCAUAAUCUCUUAUAUAUAUUUUUAUUAAUUAUAUUAAUCAAUGACUUUGAGCAAAUAACUCCCUAAAUGAACUAGUUGCUAUUGAGUCUCAAAUAAAUUUUGAAGAGUUAAUCCAUAUCUGUCGAUAUGAAUAAUAAAAACUGGUUAAUAUCUCAUUAAUUAGUCUGUUAUUAACCUAAAAACAUACAACCUUGUUUAUACAUCUUUAAUGAAAUGAGACUAUUAUUUUAUUACUCAUGGAUUCAUUAUUUAUAACGAUAUAUAAUUUUGAUUUUACAUAUUUAAAAUAAAACCAAAAUUUCUGUUCCUCAUUAUGUUAAGAAAAAUCCUUCCUAUUGAGCACAAAAUAAGAGGAUUGUGUGAUAUUUACUGCUGUGAUGUAUUCUGUUUAAGAAAAAAAAAAAAGAGAAUAUAUUAUUACUUUAUUUGUUUUUUAAUCUUUUUUUAUAAUUUGUUUUCGUAUUAUUUACUACUGUGUAUUUCUGUAACAAUAAAAUAAAUGAAAAGUUAUUACUUUAAAUUUUUUUUAACCUUUUGAAAAUAAUAAUCAC